AUGCUCUUCCAGGACGGCUGCCGCUUGAUUUUGGACCGCGUCGCCGCUGACGGCUUCACCAAGGUUGUCUGGAUCAACGUGCGCGAGGAAGCCGUGCUCUUUGUCAAGGGCGUCCCGUACACGGCGCGUGUGCGUGCGAAGCUAAACGAGAACGACUUGGUGCCGGGUCUUACCGGGCACACGAUCCAAGUGCUGGAGGCAUCGCUCAAGAACAGCCUCAUGGAGCAACUCGAAUUGCGCAACCACGCGUUCGAGUACUGGCACGAGCCGACGCCGCUCGUGAACGAGCUUGCUGUCGAGACCAUCGCCCCGACCGACGUGCACACGCUGCCCGAAUUGAUGGAGGCGCUGCAGCAUCCAACGAUCGAGAGCAUCACGUUCCACCGCAUUCCGAUUGACCGUGAGAACUUUCCCGAGCAAGACGUCGUCGAGACCUUCGUCGACCUCGUCCAGCGCGCCGAUAUGCACACUGCGUUUGUCUUCAACUGCCAGAUGGGACGCGGACGGACGACGACGGCCAUGACGGUCGCGUACCUAAAGUGGAGUGUCAUGCAGCCCGACUCGGUCGUUGAAGUUCCGGACGGACUGCCGAUGACGCGCGCGCAUCGGUCGCUCACGCUUGACCCGAACACGAUUGAUUACGCGCUCGGGACGUUCAAGGUGAUUUUGGCGCUCUGUGAGACGCUGGAGCAAGGCACGCACGCCAAAGCCUGGAUUGACGCAGCGAUCGACGACUGUGCGGCCGUCUACCACCUCCGACGCGUCAUCGAAGAGUGUCGGCAGCGCUCCAUGGCCGAAGCCAAGCCGGCCAAACGCUCCUUCUACUUGCACCGCGCCUGUCGCCUCCUCGAGCGCUACUUUUACUUUAUCAUGUUUGGCCAGUAUCUGCUGGAGGCCCACGUGCAGAGUUUCUCGAGCUGGCUUCAGCUCCACCCUGAUCUCUUCCGCCUUCUCGACGACCUCGGCGGUGCCACGUAUCCGUCCAGCAAGGUGCUCCACAACAACAUUCUCAAGUUUGACCACUUUCCCGGCCUCAGCCGCCUUCCUCUCGUCCUCGGCGCCAACGUGCCGAAUUACCGCCAGCUCGGUGGCAUGCCGCUCUUUGGCACGGCGCAGUGCCUCGAGCUCGGGAUCGUCGACGUCUUGGCUCAUCUCCGCGACGUCCUCGGCCACCGCCGCGUCAUUUGGAUCAAUUUGCGUGAAGAGGUCGUCUUGUACGUGGCGGGCAAGCCGUACGCGGUCCGGAAGCGCGACGACGUCUUCCACAACGUCGAAUAUCCCGGCAUCGAAGUGGACGAGAUCACAGCGAUUGAAGCGACGCUCAAGACGGAGCUCAUCGCGAAAGUGCAGGCCUCGAACGGUUUGUUCAUGCACCUCUGCGAGCCGCAGCCGCUCAUCACCGCCGAGCGCUUUGAUGCGAUCCAGCCCGAGACCGACAUCAAGACACUCGAGGAAGUGUACGCGGCGGCGAAACACCAAGGCUUCGACGUGCGCUACGCCCGCAUCCCGGUUUCGGACGAGAUCGCGCCAGAAGAAAAAGACCUCGACGACCUUGUGCGGCUGCUGGUGCCCAUAUUUCGCGCCGAAAAGUCGGGUGCGGUCGAUGGCCACACGGCGAUUGUGUGCAACUGCCAGAUGGGCCGCGGCCGAACGACGACAGCGCUGGUCUGCAUGUACAUGCUGCGGGCCGUCGUCAUGGGGCAGGUGACGCUCGGCGACGGGCACAAGACGCGUUUUCAUAACAUUGACGCGCUCGUGUCGCUGCUCGAGAAUGGCGCGACGAGCCUCGCGCUCGUGGACGAGGCCAUUGACACUGCGGACCAUGUGCAGAACCUCCGCGAGUGCAUCGACCAGUGCCGGGAGAUGACGAAAGAAGUCGGUCUGCCGAGCGCCAAGCAAGACUACUUUAUGCAGCGCGCCAUGAACUACCUCGAGCGGUACUUUUACCUCAUUUGCUUUGCCUCGUACGUCCUCGAGCAGCACGCGACCAACUUUGAGGUUCUCUUUGUCAACUGGAUGCGCACGCGGUACGGCGGCGCGCUCUACGCGCUCCUCGACAACCUCUGCUUUGGGACCGAAGGCGACGACCACGUCUCGUCGUUGCGCUGGCGCUGGCGCCGAAAGCGCAAGCUCGUCAACCGCCUCGAGUAGACGCGCUUGUUUGCUAAUCGUGCGGCGACUCUUUCCCGGCGUCGCCGAAGGACUCAAUUGGAACGUAC